AUGGCAUUCAACCCGUUCUCCCUGGCACGUCCCGACCUUCUUCUACCAUUUAUGUCGGCGGGAGCCUCGGGCGGUCCCGCCGGUCCACCGCCCAACUUGUUCUUCUCGAUGCUUCAAGCGGGAUUCCCGCCGGGACCUGUUGGUAGUCCACCUGAUGACGAUGGAGUCGUCGAUAAUCCGAAAGUCGAUUUGGACGAUAGUGAAUUGUGGCAAAAGUUCUCGCAGUGUGGUACGGAGAUGGUCAUUACGAAGAGUGGCAGGCGGAUAUUCCCGGCGUACCGUGUGAAGUUGAGCGGUCUCGAUAAGAAGAGCCAGUAUUUUGUGAUGAUGGAUCUGAUACCUGCGGAUGAGCACCGGUAUAAAUUCAAUAAUAGUCGGUGGAUGAUUGCGGGGAAGGCGGAUCCAGAAAUGCCGAAGACGUUGUAUAUUCAUCCGGAUUCGCCGUCUACAGGCGAGCAUUGGAUGUCGAAAGGCGCCAACUUUCACAAACUGAAACUGACGAAUAAUAUAUCGGAUAAGCACGGAUAUACAAUCCUCAACUCAAUGCACAAGUAUCAGCCACGUCUUCAUGUUGUGAGGUGUGCGGAUCGACACAAUUUGAUGUACAGUACCUUCAGGACUUUUGUGUUUCGGGAGACCGAAUUCAUCGCAGUGACCGCUUAUCAGAAUGAGAAGGUAACCGAGCUAAAAAUCGACCACAAUCCAUUCGCAAAGGGGUUUCGUGACGCCGGAGCGGGGAAACGUGAGAAGAAGAGACAAUUGCAUCGAAUGAACGGAGACUCGACACAAAGCCCGCCGGGGAAGACGGCCUCCCUUCCAACACACUCUCCACAUCCAUCAGAAUCCAAUUCAGAUGACGAUGAGCCGACGACGAAAAGAGUGAAGUCAGAAUCGACAUCUUCUCAGAAUACUCCUUGUACGUCGAGCCUCUCCACGUCGACCACGCCCACUCUCUCAUCUCAUCACCCACUCCGAUCACCUCCAUUCUGUAUUCCGGCGUCUCCAAUCGAUAUGAUGUAUCAGAAUAUGCCGAUGGAAUUGUUGGCUCAAUGGCAGAUGGCAUCACUAUUCCCACAAUUUCAGUUGGCGAUGAGCAACUCUCCAGCCGCUUCUCUCCUAUCGAAACAUCUGAAGACAACGAAUAACGUCCCGCCUCCACCGCCUUCAGAAGACACUGAAGAAGACGUCGUCGUCGUCAAAAAAGAAAUCGUCGACGUGAAACAAGAACCGACGACACCGCCCAAGAAGGGAGGAUUCGAUGUGUUGGAUCUUCUCGCCAAACCUUGA